ACGUGGCGCUCUCCCAACCACAUCCUCCUCAGCAUUGUUAACUCUGUCCAUGAGCACCAAACACAGUACAGUUGCUUUAAUUUGAAAAUACUAGGGCUCCGUCGACGAGCGGAGCUUCUGUCUCUCGCCCUUCUACCUGAAAAUUCUCACCGCGUCACCUCUGGAAUCAAUUUUCCGAUUAAAUAUAUCUCUCUCCCUCUUCCCCUCUCUUCUCUCUCUAUCCUCCCUUCCUACCUCGCUAAUAUGAGUUCCGCACUUAAUUAAAUUAAUUCAGUUCGUAUGAAUUUGAAUGAAGUUUGCCGAUCGAUGAUUUGUUGUCCAUUACUUCAGGUCUAUAUUGGUAUGAUUUUAAGAAAGUGAAGAUGUCACCUUCAGAUAUACAUUUGCUAUGGAUAUUAUUCUUGGAUUCAGUAAUUAUAUAACAUAAUGGUUUGAUAUUCUGUUUUAUGAAUUGCAGAUGCAUUUCAGAGUGGUGCUUUCCAUACUCUUGAGCUUGAACUUUAAUACCUGCCAAAAUGGUGUUGUUGUGGGUGAACAUGAAAAAGCAGCUGUUCUUAAAGAAUUUGGAAACAAUUUUCCUGGCUUUGGCCUCCGAGAUCAAGAAUCUGACCAUGAUUUCAUGUCCAUCUGCGAGUAUGUCUGGAUGGGAAUCCUCUGGCUUAUCAUAUGUCCAAGGGUUUGAUGCUGCACCUAUUAACAAAAGGAAUGAAGGAUGCAAAAAUUGUAUGUUCCAGGUUUUCAAUUGCUUGGUUUGGAAUUUUUUUCAGGUUAGUGCGGUUCAUAGUUUGCCCUUUAUGGAAGUGGAAAAAUGAAUCAGGCUGGAGUUGAUCAUUACAAUAGUCUGAUAAAUUAUAUAGUGAUUACAAGGUCCUUAAUUAGCGUUUGAUGGUUCAUUGGUUCCUUUUCGACUUAAUAGUAUUCUGAAGUCUGAAGACUUUGUUGUGCCAUCAAUAUACAUCAACUCAUCAGCUGAAGCAAAGUAGAGUUUCUGCAUAUUCAGGUCUUUUCAGAGGACUGCCCUCAGACUGGUCUUUUUCUAUCAACCGGUCUCCUGGCUCUUCUGUAAAGAAACUCUCCACAUACUCGGAACAGGAACUAAUAUGUAUCAUUCUUCUGCACAUCCUUUGACAGAGAUGAGCUGAUUGAGAAAGCUGAUGGGUUUGCUGGAGUGUUUCCUGGUAAGUUUAUUUAUAGUGAAUACUCUUCUGCUGACAUCAAAUAUUAGACAGGCUGAUUCUUAAACAGUCAACUAUUUCAUAGCAUUAUAGACAGUAUCUUAAACUGAGUACUUAAUAAGUGGAUCUUAUUGUGUUCUCUAAGCUAUUUUAUUUACAAUAAGAGUUUUUUUCUUUUACUCCCUGUAACUGUUUCCUUUGAAAUUUUAGUUGAAGGGUUAAUAACAAAUGAAAUACAUAUAUUCUCAGAAGUUCAUUUUUUUGUGCACCAUUGAGGGAAUUUUUAGAUUUAUAAUAUACUUAAUAAUUGGACUGAUUUAAGGUUCUUAUGAUAUGCUUUUUUGUGUUGAAGCUUAAUCGAACAAUCUUAUACUUAUAAUUUGUAUGACUAAAGAUAUCUGUUGCGCUUUCGCUUGACAGAUUAGCUCAUGAAUCAGACUCUUCACCCUUGAUUAUUAAAUAUAAUUCUGACCUUUAGAUUGCUUAAUUACUAAUGAAGUCAUGUGUAAUUGUUGGAAUGGUGAAAACAAAAUGAAGUUGCUCCUGAUUAAAUUCGAGAAUCCAACUGUACUCUAUUGUAGUUAGUAACCCUGUGCAAUGAAUGCAUAAGUACUAUAGAUUGUUUGAUUGCCAGAAUUUUUUUUAUAACAGCAGGGUAUAGGAAAAAAACAAUUUUAAGAUAGAGAGCAUUGAUGCAUUGUUGACAGAUAAGAAUUUUAGGAAAUAAAGGAUGAAUAUUGCUGCCAGGAUUUGCAAACUGUCCCUGUUUCCACAAAAUGCCCAUGGUUGAUAAGUAUUAGUGGAGAGGUAAGUACCAAUUCUUUUCAUUCCUUCUCCCUUUCUUAUAUUAUAUGGAUUCUUGCCAUGUUAUUCCAUACUGUUUUAAUUCCCACAUUGCAAAUGAACUUGGUUGAUUGGUUUAAAGUGAUGGUUGCAAGUCGUCGUUGAGAAGAGUUAAUAGAUAAUCUCAUUGAAGUACAUCCACCACCUAGAGUAUUGAAGCGCACAUUGAUCCUGUGCCUCCAUUGUAUAGGCUUCCAUCCUCUGAGCGGCCCAAGAUGGGGCAAUUUGUACACAUGCUCGACGCCGAAGACUUUCCUAGUGUAAUUCUUCAUUGUGUUUUGAUAGUUAUAGAAACCAAUACUUUUGUAGUAGGAUUUUUUUUUUUUUGAUCAGGUGCAGUAGGAUUCUUUUGGGAAGGAAGUCAUUGAAAAAAUCUCCGGGUCGGGGGGCCAGGGAUUUAGGCAAUAAAAAAAGUCAUGUAUUUAAAGUUUUUCCUUUUUAUAUAUUUUUUAUAGGUUUUAUCACAUCAAUCAUAAUGAAAAAGUGCAUCAUGAAUCUGAACUUUUGCCC